AUGUUUAGACAAAAAAGCCCAAGAAAGUCAACUACUUAUAAUUAGGAAAGAUUUGAUGAUGGACCUUAGUUUGCUUUAGUUCUAAAUAGCGAUCUUUCUUAAAUACAAAUAUCAACCAUAUCUAAAUAGUUUAGUAUGUAUGGGUUGAAAGUAUUAUAAACACAAUCUUUAGAUAGGAAGAAAAAUAUUCUUUUCAUAGAGCUUUCAAACAUAUUGACAGUCUUCACAGAAGCUUAAGAGCUUUAAAUCAGAAAGAAUUACAAGCUUUCUAAGACUUAAAUACAAGCGAACGAGCUAAUGUUGAUUAAAGCAUAAAAUCAGUAUAAUAUUGAGGUUAAUAGUCCUGAAUCUUAAAAAUCAGAUUAUUAUAGAAUUGACUAGAUUUUGAAUAAUAUCUAAAAUCCAAUGGAUGAUUCUGAAGAAUUAAACAGCAAUUAGAAUGGGGGAAGUGCAGGACAAAGUUAAGCCACUUUUUAGGAAAAAAAAGAUAAAGUUGCUUCAAAAUAAUAAUAAUACUUUAGAUUUGACUCUGCUUCUCCAACACAAAGAAGCUUGCUUUAAAAAUUGGAAAAAGCAAACAAAGAAACAAAUGGUUAUAAGUAAAAUUAACUUUAAUAAAACUAACAAGAAACUUUUGAGCUACUUACAAAGUAAUCAAAUCAAGAAAAACCUAGUUAAAAUGGACAUUCUAAUUAAAUAAAUGGAACGACUAAAACUUACAAUAAAAAAAUAAGUAAAGAAGAAUAGGUUAAAUUAUUAGAAAAAAUAGAUCCUAGAAUUUAAUAAUAUGAGAAAUUGAAUGUUAUCAAAACUGAAAUGCUCUAUGAUUUAGAUAAGGAAGGAAAUGUUAUCAUGUCUAAAAGAGGUUUAGGAAUUUUCACUCCUGCAGAAAGACUUCGAAUAACUUAUUCUUACAUGAAUAAAAUUCGAAUUAAAGAUUUAAGAUUUUUGGAGUUUUUAUAAGAAUAGCAGUUGAUAACAGAAAUAAUCCCUUUGCAUGAAAAAAAUGCUGCUAUAAGCGAUUCGAUUCAGUCAAUAGAGGAUUACUAUGGAGAGAAUAUAUCAAGUUAUUUCGAGUUUUUAGAUUUCUAUCAAAAGUGGCUACUCUAUCCAGCAAUACUGGGUCUAAUUACUUAUGUGUUAUCAAAUAAGUUUUUCACAAAAUAAUAUCUUUACUUCUACUUUUUUUAUACUGUUUUUAUUUGCAUUUGGAGCUCUUUGUUCUAUAUAUUCUGGAAGAGAUAUGAGUCAGAGUUGCAAGUUAAGUGGGGUGUAUUUGGUAAAAAGAUAUACAAAGAGGACAGGAAUGUGAAUUUCAAAGGAUAGAAAAGAAUAAAAGUAACUACGAUGUGCGAAGAAGAGUAUUACCCUAGAUCUAAGCGUCUCUACUUGUAUAUAAUUAGCACAUUAGAAAGUCUUCCAUUGUUAGUGAUGGCUUUUUUGCUUAAAGUGAUUAUAUUUAAUUUGAAUGGAUUAAUUCAUAAGAAUUCGAUGUUGUACAUAGAAUCAAUUGCUUCCCUGACGGAGGUAGGUGGUAUUUUAGCAAAAUUACCAUUAAAGGAAACGAUAUUUAAUGUAAUUAUGAUAGUAUUUAUAUUGAAAAUAAAUGAGUUUUACAACACAAUCAGCUCUAAGUCUACUUAAAGAGAAAAUCACAGAACAAAUAAUGAUUUUAACUCUUCUCUUGUUAUUAAGCGUUUUAUUUUUGAUUUAAUUAAUAGAUUUACUCAUUUCUUUUUUAUUGCUUUCGUUGUAAGGGACAUUAAUUCUCUUAAAAGUCUUUUGGGUUCCUUAUUCUUACUUGACGAAGUUAGAAAAGUAGCUACUGAAUCUGUAGUACCUUGGGUAAUGAAAAAAAUAAUUUCUAUGAAAAAACAAAAGGAAACUAAUCCAGAAGAAGACGAUAAUACAAUUAAAAAAAAUGAAGAAUUAAAUUAACUUUAUGCUGACAGCAUUAGAGAAAUUGAGAUGCUAUUUUAUGAUGAUUUUGAUGAUUACAUUGAGGUUGUUGCUUAAAUAGCAUUUAUUACUCUUUUUGCAGCAGUAAAUCCAUUGGCAUCUUUCUUUUCUUACUUAUUUAAUAUCUUGGAAAGAUCUAGUGAUAAAUUUAAGCUUAGUAACAGAUUGUAUCGUCGUCCAAUGCCCUUCAAAGUUCAGGGUAUAAAUGCAUGGAAUAAAGUUAUAUUUUUGAUUUCAAUAUUCUGCAUAUUUACAAACGUGGCAUUCCUCUGUUUUGAUUACUAUAAAAUAUACGACCUUUAAAUUUAAGAAGAAUACUCUCAGAUGUGUUAUGAUUCUGAUUUAAAUAGCUCAAAUAACGUUAAUAAUCUAAAUGUAUAAGAGUCCUAAGAAUCAAUUAACAUAUGGAAUCAAGUUUAUAUUACAAUGUUUAGUUUGGAACAUUUGAUCCUGUUAGUAAUUACUUUCUUAUACUAUUUUAUCUCGUAGUAGCCAAAAUGGGUACGUGUUUAUAAAAGAAGAAUGGCUAUUUAAUAAGUUGAGUAGAUUCAAUAAUAAUAAUGA